AUGGCAGAGGGUAUGCUCGCGAGUUGCCCGGCAUGCUGGCAGAACUUCAAGAGGUUUUGGUGCGAAUUCACCUGCUCAAGCACGCAGGGAAACUUCAUCCAGGUUGAGGAUGCAUCGCCAUGCAGUACCGAUGACUGGCCAGAGCCCAACAAUGCCAAGAAUGGCGCGAUGGCAGGAUGUGGUGGGACUGUCUCGGCCGUAAGGAACAUCUCCACGAUCCAGACGGUGCGAGUCCUGGUGGAUCGAGGUUAUGCUGAGAGGCUGUACCGGUCUUGCAAGGAUGUGACGGUAGCAGCAAGUGGACAGAAAGCCAUGUCGAUGGCGUUCGGCAACUCCAACGACGCAGAGUCGUUCCUCUCGUUUCAGGGCACUGCGGCUUAUGCGAGCGGCCAGAACCCGCUGAAGAUCAUUUUUGAGCUCGGGGAUGAAAAUCAGUCCCUGAGCUUGCUGGAUGGUUUCGGGGCGGCUAUGAAUCAAACUGUUGCAGCAUGCGACACAUCCGACAGGACACUAUCAUGCCAAUGCAGUGACUGCACAGAUGCAUGUCCUGCUAUCCCUGAGUCUGACGAGGGGAUACCGUGGUGGAAAGUUCGGAUGAAUCCAUUCCUCCCUCUGAACGUGAAUGUUGUUUUAGCAACUACUUACGUGCUUCUCAUCUUCUUUCUGACUCUCGCACUGACCAAACAUAAUCCCCCGGAUGUGCAAAUCGACUUCCUCGAUGGAAGCUCUCGGCAGAGUGCAGAGUUUUCAAAACGUCUCGAGCACAUCUCGCAGCAGUUCGAAUCAAAGAAUGCGAUCUACAGGUUUCUGUACAGGGUUGGUGAAAGCUGUGCAAGCAAUCGCCAGCGAACAUCGCAAAUAUGGUGUCUGAUCAUCCUCUGCUGCUUCAUCGCCCUAUGGUACAAACCCAUACAACAGAUCUCCGACCCUGUCCAGCUUUGGGCAGGCAGUCAGAGUCGCUGCACCAAGGAGAAGCAUUCUUUCGACUCUACUUUCGGGCCGUUCUGGAGGACGGAGAUGAUGAUUGUCAGGAGCAAAGACGCAGACGAGCUGCAGACCUCAGCCAUCGAUCUGAAUGUUCUGGAAGAGCUGAUAGACCUGCAGCUUGAGCUGGAGGGAAUCCAAAUCAGCUGUGAAGAGCUGGUCGAGGCCGAUCGGGGUGCGAGAUGUGAGGUCGGAGAAGUCUGGACGAUCCAAGACAUUUGCUUCCAGCCGACCCCCGGCGCCGGCUGUCUCGUUCAGAGCGUGACCGAAUAUUGGCAGACGAACAUCUCGAGCCUGCGAGCUGCCCAAGCCUGCCAGGACAAAAACGGAUGGGGGCCGAGCAAUAAGAGCGACUGUGACGCAGCGCUGAAACAGAAGGUCGACCGCUGUGCUCAGUUCGGAGCAAGCGAACGGGAUUGCUGGUCCCGAGCUGGGCUGCCCCUGAUCUUUCCCAAGGUUCUGUUCGGAGCGCAAGGUGGGGAGGUGGAGCCGUCGGACAGCGAGGCGCUGAUUGUGACUUACCUCUUCAACAACGAUGAGUGGAGCAAAGCUCGUGCCCUUGUUUGGGAAUCUAAGGCUCUGGAGAUGAUCGCAAAGCAUGGUGACCGGACACAAGGAUCUAGGCUGGAGAUAACUUACAGCAUGGAAAGAGCGCUACAAGACGAGCUGGACCGGCAGAGCUCGAAUGACAUCCCGACGGUCCUCAUGAGCUACGCAGUGAUGUUUAUGUACGUGUCCUUGUCAAUCGGACGACAGCGAAAUUCAGAAUGCAGGCCAAGGCGGGUGAAGGAGAGGAUCUUGCUGGCAUCAGCAGGAAUAUUCAUGGUCAUUGUCAGCCUUCUGAUCGCCUGUACCUUGUGUUCGCUCUUCGGAAUCAAAGCCACUUUAGUGCUCUCAGAAGUCAUUCCUUUCCUCAUCCUUGCCAUCGGGGUGGACAACAUUUUCAUUCUUGUGUGGAGUUUUGAUGAGUCCAUCUACCAGCUUCAAUCGACUUCGAGGGAGAUGAAUCGACAGCCUGACGCCUCGGGCGCUGAAACUUCAAACGACAACCCAGAUUUAGUGGUUGAGGCCUGUGCCAGAACUUUAGCACAAGUUGGGCCUUCGAUCGUGUCUGCGGCCUCUGCAGAAUCGAUCGCUUUCCUUCUUGGAUCGAGCACGGGGAUGCCUGCAGUGGAGUCAUUUGCAUACUUUGCAUGCUUUGCUGUAGUCGCCGACGUUCUGAUACAACUGACUCUGUUUCCUGUCUGCUUGUCUUACCUCGAGAUCAGCCAUGAGCAUACUACAGGCACACGGGAGGGAGACCACCAGGAUUGCAUCGCUUCUACAUGGAGUUCCAUCAAGAGCUGGAUGCAUCUUGAGUAUCAGCCUACUGAUCUUGAUGAGAAUCUCUUGAACCAGCAGCGUCACGAGGGUGGUGGAGAAGCCGCCAGCCCCCCAAGGGAGCCCUUGGGGAAGAGCACGCUAGAGGCCUGGCUCUUGUCAUCCUACUAUCACAAGCUGGUUCUUUGGAUCUCAAUCCUGAUACUGUUUGCUGCUAUGAUAUGCUCCUGUUUCGUGGAGCUCGGCCUUGAGCAGACGGACGCUCUGCCAAAGGACUCUUUUCUCGUCAAAUAUUUCUACGACGUGGCGAACUUGUUGCAGGUUGGCCCGCCGGUCUUCUUCGUAGUCAAUGGAUGGGGCAACAACAAGUCCAAGUCUCAGAGCAUCGACAUGACAGACACGGAGUUUCUACGGAAGGACUCCCUUGGCAAUUUCCUGAGCAAUGCAGCUCGUCACCCAGACAAGACAUACCUUGCAUCCGGCGUUGCAAGCAUCGUGGACGACUUGAUCUCCUGGCUCUUGUCCUCUCGAGGUGACCCCUCCCGUGCUUGCUGCCGCCAGGCUCUCUACUCAAACGGAACCCGCGGGCCUGUCUGCCCUGCUCAUUGGACACCGAAGCUUCAUCCUGACGAACCCUUCCCUCCCCUCUGCGCCUGCAACGACACCUUGACCUAUUUCUCCGACGCCUGUCCUUCUGCCCCUGCUACUCCAUGCAAGGUAGCAGGGGGCUGCCUCGCUCAUGCCCUGCCAGAUUCGGCAUUCCGCAAGUACAACGCAACGUCAGGAGCCGGAGCUUGCUGGGGAGUUCGACUAACAGGGCUUUGCCCGGAAGGAGGCGAAGCUCCUUUCUGCCAACGCCUGUGCUACGCAAAGUACAAGGAAGCGCAGGUCUCCUGCGUCCCUCUCAACCUGAGCUUUCCUCGAGCCGCGGAUAUCGAAACGUUUUUCAGCUACUUCAUGAAGUCGGAGUGCCCGUCCGAUCCAGGGGAAGCUGCAAGCUGCUCGACGUGCGGUGCUCACUAUACGGCUGAUCUCGGGAACAUAUCCAUCCUAGCGCUGGAGAACCAUGGCAGGCAGCGCAACAUCGACGACUUGGGGAAGUUCUCAGUGCAGCAGCUGACGGCCCUCCGGUUCAUGGGCUAUCACUCUCCUCUCCAGACCCAGGAGGACUACAUCAAAGCUCUCAGCUUCUCUCAAGAGCUGGUGGACAAGAUCAGGAAGAACCUCGGGCUGGACGUGUAUGCUUACAGCAUCUUCUACGCUUUCUUCGAGCAGUAUCUUGGGAUAGAGAACUCCGCCUUGACGGUCUCGACGCUCGCCAUCGCAGCACUCGCCCUGGUCCUCGUCCUGCUACUGCAGAACGUUUUCUGUGCAUUUCUGAUAAUGUUCGUUGCUGUCACCAUCGAGGUCUUCUUCCUCCUUCCUUCUUCCUCCUUCCUUCUUAGCCUGCCCCAGGUCGUCAUGGUCGGCGUGAUGGGGCUGUGUGACAUCAAGCUGAACGCGCUCUCGACUGUCAACCUCGUCGCCGCCAUCGGCAUCUCCGUGGAGUUCAGCGUCCAUCUCACUCAUGCCUUCCUAUCCAGCAAGGGCCCAGCUGAUGCAAGGGUGGUGAGGGCUGUGACAGGAGUUGGCCGUGCCGUCUUCUCCGGCAUCGCCGUCACCAAGUUCCUCGGCGUCGCCGUGCUCGGCUUGGCUCACAGCCGCAUCUUCGUGGUCUACUACUUCCGGAUGUACAUGGCGCUCGUCGUCUGCGGCUCCUUCUUCGGCCUCUGCCUCCUCCCUGUGCUGCUGGCCCUCCACGGCGAUCGGAUCCUGGCAGCUGACAAGGCAGAUGUCAAAUUCCCCCCAGACCCCCAACACCUGCAGGGAGCGAGUUGA